UCUUUUCAAUACCCACCUUUUCCUUUCAAUUUCUCAUCAAACCCCAGACUCAGACUUCUCAUAAACCUCACCUACUCUACUACAGGCUUUGAUCUUUCUUUCUUUUGAUCCUGAUCUCUCUUUACCAUUCAUACUGUACCAAGCUUUGAAUUUUAUGUAAAUAAUUUUCUUCAUAUAAAAAAAUUAGCUUGAAAUUGAUAUAAGAGAUAGGGAUGUCGAAUUUGCAAGUGAAUUUCAAUCAGAAGAUAGACUACGUGUUUAAAAUCGUACUGAUUGGUGACUCAGCGGUGGGCAAAUCGCAGCUCCUGGCUCGAUUCGCCAGAAACGAGUUCAGUUUGGAUUCCAAAGCCACGAUCGGAGUAGAGUUCCAGACUAAAACCAUCGUUAUUGAUCACAAAACCAUCAAAGCUCAGAUUUGGGAUACUGCAGGUCAAGAACGGUAUCGGGCAGUGACAAGUGCAUACUACAGAGGUGCAGUGGGGGCAAUGCUGGUCUAUGACAUAAGCAAGCGUCAGUCGUUUGAUCAUAUAGCAAAGUGGUUAGAGGAAUUGCGGGAGCAUGCUGAUAGUAACACCAUCAUCAUGCUUGUAGGUAACAAGUCUGAUCUGGAGACCCUUCGAGCUGUGCCAACUGAAGAUGCCAAAGAAUUUGCCCAAAAGGAAAACCUCUUCUUCAUGGAGACGUCAGCUCUUGAGUCCACUAAUGUUGAAUCGGCUUUCCUUUCUGUCCUGACAGAGAUUUAUCGAAUUGUCAGCAAGAAGAGCCUUGUUGCAAAUGACGAACAUGGAAGUGGAGGAAAUGCUUCACUUCUCAAGGGAACCAAGAUUGUUGUCCCUGGACAGGAGCCAGAAUUGCAAGCAAGGAGUUCAGGUUGUUGCAGUAGAUCAUAGGAUUAAUUUCCUUCCAUGCUGCAGUUCCUGGGCUCCUGCUAUUUGUUGUUUCAGAUCAUUGUAUGGCACCGUUUGGGGUUUUGUAUAUCAGGUAAUCGAGUUUUUACACUUUAUCAGUGACUUGCUGGCUCUUUUGCACAUAGAGCUUGUGGAAAUCAAACUUUAAAUGUUGUGAUAUACACAAGAUUACGUCUGAAAUUGCUCAUUUUGUUAUAAUUAGUAGUUAGCUGUGGUUGGCAGCUCAAAGAAAAAUGGUUCUCUUACGAAAAGUAUGCCACACAAAUUUCAUAAUGUUUUGUCCCAUGGACAGCAUUCAUAGAAUGUUGAUUCAACUUGUGAAUGACUUUUGGUUUUGAUGGUAUUCUUUUCUGAUGAAUAUCUUAAAGUAUCACUUUGCUCUGAGUUUCUCACAA